CAAAGAGAAGAACAAUCGUUCUUGUUUCGGAAGAUCGGGCCAUGAUCAAAACCGAAAAGGUUUUACAUCUGAAAAGCUCAAAGGGCAGAAAGGUUCGUGUGGUCCGAGAGCACUACGUGAGGGAACAGGUACCAUGUGGGAGCUCAAUCUGUCCUGCAGGCUGUCCGAACAAUGGAAAGUUGCUGUCCAGCGAUGUGACCCACUAUGUGGUUCCGGAUGUGGGAGUGGUUCGGGAUUUCCUGGAGAUUCUGGAGUUCAGGGAGCUGCAGGGGGUCGUGUUCACCCAGACUGCCUACCAGAUUGUUCAGCACACCCGUGGACGCAGGCACUAUAAUAGACUGCGUGCUCUAUUGAAAGACCCUCGCCAUGAUUGUGUGCUGUUUGCCAAUGAGUUUCAGCAGGACUGCUACUGCCCCAGAGACAAGGGCGAGUCUCAGGACAAAUGGCAUACAAGAUGUGUGUACCAUGCAGCAGUUUGGUAUUUUAACCAUCUCGCUGGACUUAGGCCGGUGGUAAUGCUUACGGAAGACUGCGACGCGAUAUCAGAAUGCAGUGCCUUAAACAGUGGAGUGUAUGUCAUCUCAACUCAGGAGUACCUGAAAAGUUUCUGGCCAGACCUGCAGGCAGCCCAAGAUCUGUAUAACUCCAUUGCUCAGACCCUGCAAGAGCGAGAGAGUGAAGGAGUAGAGAAAGUGUACACUGAACACCUGCCUGCGGAGGUGCUGGAGGCUGGUAUUAAAUCUGGCAGGUACAUCCAGGGCAAUCUCAGUGUGAACAAACAUCGAGCACAGCAUGAAGCUUUUGUCCGUUAUGAGGGCUCUACUAGCAAGAAUACAGAGCUAAACAGUGAUGUGCUGAUCAACGGAAUGAAGCAUCGUAACCGUGCGGUCCAUGGAGAUGUGGUCGUCAUAGAACUGUUGCCACGUAACGAGUGGAAGGGCCGGACCAUGGCACUAACAGAGGGUCAGGGGGAGGAGCGGUCACAGGAGGACACACAGAGCCAGCCCAUGCCCACAGGCAGAGUGGUGGGUGUUCUGCAGAGGAACUGGAGAGAGUACGUAGUGAGCUUUCCUCCUCUUGAGGAGGUGCAGUCCCAGAGCCGAAAUUCACAGAAGAUUCUGGUUGUGCCCUGGGACUACCGCAUCCCGAAAAUCCGCAUCAGCACACAGCAGGCUGAGGCACUGCAGGACCACAGGAUUAUUGUGCGUCUGGAUUCAUGGGAGAGUACUUCUGUCUACCCAAAUGGCCACUGUGUGAGAGUCCUGGGGAAGGCAGGAGAACUGGAGACUGAAAUUCAGACCAUCCUAAUGGAGAACUGCAUCCAUGUACCACCAUUCUCAGAGGCACAGUUGCGAGAGAUGCCAGUUAACACAGAGGAGAACCCGUGGCAGAUGGACAGCAGUGAGGUGUCCUCUCGGCGGGACCUCAGGGACACUCACCUGGUGUUCAGUAUCGAUCCUAAGGGCUGUGAGGAUGUGGAUGACACCUUAUCUGUACGGCCUCUGCCUGGGAAUCGACUAGAGCUGGGUGUCCACAUUGCUGACGUCACUCAUUUUGUCAGAGAAGGCUGUCUUACAGACCUAGAGGCACGCUCCAGAGCAACCACAUACUACUUGGCUGACCGCAGAUAUGACAUGCUGCCAUCAGUACUGAGUGCUGACCUGUGCUCUCUCCUUGGAGGAGUGGACCGAUAUGCCAUAAGUGUGCUGUGGGAGCUUGAUGCUGAAUCUCUGGAUGUGUGUAUGGUCUGGUACGGCCGCACUAUUAUCCGCUCGUCUUAUCAGCUUCACUAUGAGCUGGCUCAGAGCCUGCUGAACGGGGAAGAGGUUGAAGUGCCUGAACUAGCCCAGCUCAAGGGCUCUCAGCGGGACCUGAAACUGGCCGAGCUCCUGCAGGCCCUGGAGACCCUGACCAGGGUUGCCAGACACCUCCGGGCACAGAGGGAUAAGGGUGGUGCUCUGGAGUUGGAAGGGGUGGAGGUGAGGGCUCAGCUGGAUGAGGAGAAGAACAUCACAGCCCUGGUCCCCAAACAGCCUCUGGAGGUUCAUGAGACUGUGGCAGAGUGUAUGAUCUAUGCCAACCACUGGGUGGCACGCAAGAUACAGAAGAGCUUUCCACACCAAGCACUUCUGCGCCAUCACCCACCUCCCAAACAGGAGUUCUUCAGUCACUUAAUUGAGAGUGCCAAGGCCCGUGGCUUCAGUAUUGAUACAAGGUCAAACAGGGCUCUGGCUGAUUCUCUGGAACGGUCUGUGGAUCCUCAGGACCCCCUGGUAAACAGGUUGUUGAGAAUGAUGGCCACCCAGGCCAUGUCUAAUGCCCUUUACUUCUCUACAGGAGCCUGUGCAGAGGAGCAGUACUAUCACUAUGGUCUUGCUCUGGAUCGAUACACUCACUUUACCUCUCCAAUCAGACGCUAUGCUGAUGUAAUAGUUCACCGGCUCCUUAUUGCUGCCAUUCAGCUGGAGAAGGAAGAGUCACAAAUCAAGGCCUUGGCCAGUAACAAAGAACUUGAGGAGCUGGCUCAACAUAUCAACAAUAAAAACAGGGCAGCGCAGCAUGCACAGACGCAGUCCACAGAGCUCUUCCAGUGCCUCUAUUUCCGAGACAAAGAUCCACAAAAAGAUGAACGUUGUGUGGCAGACGGUGUGAUCUAUGCUGUCAGAGCUAAUGGCUUUCUCGUCUUCAUACCACAGUAUGGUUUGAAGGGAGCAGUGUACCUCAAGGAUCGGGAGGGCAAGGUGGUCAGUGUCGGUGGAGAUGGAAGGUGCGAGUGGCAGGCUGGGACUUUGCAGAGAUACCAUGAUAGGAUCAACACUUGCACCAGCACUGGAACUCACACCUUUUACCUCUUUGACCAUGUCACAGUCCGUAUCUCUGUUGAACCCUCCCGCUGCCAUGCCGACAGCUUGUCUCUGGAACUUAUCAGCAACAAGCCCCAUUGCACUGUGCAACACGAGUCACAGCCAGCUGGUCGCGGUCGGACUGAGCUGGUUCAGGAAGUAGUGCGCUGGGCAGAGGAGGCCUCACUCCAGGCAGAGGAAGAGAAGGCAAGGAAGCCUAAACUGAGCAGGGAGGAGAGGCAGUUCAGACAAAGCAAAACGCCAAACCUCUAUGCACUUCUGCAGGAGAUCAGUGAGCUUUCUCUGCUGGAUCAGUCUGCUUGCCACAUCAGAAAUGCAGAGGCACAGACUUGUGCUACAUCAUCUUAGUUUUAUUGUGCUGUAAAAUUCACUAGACAUAAUAGGGAUAGUAUAAUAAGUGCUAGAUUAAAGCCAUGGAAACUCCAUUGAAAAGUGUUCACAUGGAAAAAUCCCUCUCUCAACAAACCUGAUGGAACUUUUAGUAAAUUAGUCAGGUACUCUGCCUAUCCAUUUCCUAUUAAGUCAGUGGUUUUAUAACUGUGAAGUUAUAAAACUUCAUCUCUCAUCAUUUACACUCAUGCCAUCCCAGAUGUGCAUGACUUUCUUUCUUCUGCUGAACACAAAUGAAGAUUUUUAGAAGAAUUUCUCAGCUGUUUUGGUCCAUAUAAUGCAUGGACCAAAUGGGUGUCAGAAAUUUGAAGCUCCAAAAUCCCAAUAAGGGCAAUGUAAAAGUACUCCAGAUGACUCAAGUGGAUUAAUUAAUGUCCUCUGAAGUGAUAUGAUAGGUGUGGGUGAGAAACAGAUCAAUAUUUUAUUUAUUUCUUUACUAUAAAUUCUCCUCAAUCCUCAGUUACUCUCCACUUUAGUUUCACUUUCCCAUUCUUCUUCUUAUGUCUUUGAUUCACAUUCUUCCUGCAUUCUCAAUUUUUUAUUUCUCACCUACACCUAUCAUAUCGCUUCUGAAGAUAUGAAUUAAAACACUGGAGUCAUAUGGAUUACUUUUGUGCUCCCUUUGUGGAAUUUGGAGCUUCAAAAUGUUGGCACCCAUUCACUUGCAUUGUGAGGACCUACAGAGCUAAAAUAUACUUCUAAAAAUCUUAAUUUCUGUUCUGCAUCAAUUCUCUCAAAUCAUUAGAGAAUUUUUAUUUUUGGGUGAACUGUCCCUUUAAGAAAGCUUUUAAUUCCUCCCUAACAUAAAAAGGAAUGAGAGAAAAUGAAGCAAAACAAUAUUGAGUGUCUAACCUAUAUAUCUUUUUUUUAAGUGGAUUUAUAGAUCUCCUAGAUGCUUGCUUUAUUUAUGAUAAUGCUUUCCAUUUUGAUCAUGUAAAAACUUAUUAGAAAACUUUUUUUAGAAAUAAAAUGUAUUUUAUUAUAUGCAUCACAAAUAUUUUUAUGGUUCAGAUUUUUUCUUCACAUUACGACACAUUAAUUUACUGAUUAAUUGGUGCUGAUAGUUGCAUAUUUUUAUUUUCACUUUAAUUCCACAUCAGGUGAAAAAUCUAUACAAAAAUACAUUUACAUAACUCUUCAUCUGGUGAAUAUAUAGUAAAAACUUGCAUAUAGAACAUUUCAAAAUAAAGGUCACUGGUGUAUUUUAGGCUUGUUUAUGGUUAAAAGUCCUGUGCUAUGCACCAAAUCUUAAUUUUCUGGUUACUGUUGGGAUUCUGGUUACACAAACUGCAUUUGGGAUUUUAGUCAUUUUGGACUUUUGUAGCCUCAAUGUCUGUGAAUGACUUUGUAAGAAAAGACUAAGAUUUUGUCUUUUCCACCACUUUAGUUAUCAGUAUCGGCAAAAUCCACUAUGGGCCGACCUCUACUACAGAUAAACUGCACUUGAAUAACAUCAUACAGGGUUAACUACAUGAACACUUUAUUUAGAAUAUCAAAACAUAAAAUUGACACUGACCUAGAAGUGUCAUGAACAUGGAUAAAAUUACCAGAACAGCGGAAUGAGAUGACAAACUGACUUAAUUUUCAAAGUAACUUAUUGGGCCAACUUCAAACGCUCUCUUUGCAAUACAUUUGCCUUGCGUCGGCAAUGUCUUUAAGUUUGGACAUUAUGAUAAAACUCCAGCCAGCAAAGACAAAUGAGAGUGGUUAAUAUGAUGAAGGAAAUAAAGAAACUAUUUUGAAAU